UCAGUAGUUAAAUAGAGAGGGGGAGUGAACUGGAGAGCGCAGUCCAUCUGGAUUUAAUGUAGAAGCGGUAGAAACAUCACUUCGAUCGGGAAAUUACAAACGUUGUCUUUCAUUUUUCAGCGGAGCCGUGUGCGGGAGCGAGGACGAAACUUGAACCAUGUGCGGGAUCUUUGCCUACCUGAAUUACCAAGUGCCUCGCACCAGAAAGGAGAUAUUUGAGACGCUGGUGAAGGGACUGCAGAGACUGGAGUACAGAGGGUACGAUUCAGCAGGUAUUGCUGUGGAUGGCCCUAGCAAGACAACAAGUGACCGAAACAAUAACAGCAUCUGUUUAAUCAAGAAGACAGGGAAGGUCAAGGCUCUGGACGAGGAGCUUUACAAGAAGGACUCGCUGAACCUUGAUGAAGAGCUGUGCACACACUUUGGCAUCGCUCACACCCGAUGGGCCACCCACGGAGAGCCGAGCGCUCUCAACAGCCAUCCUCAUCGCUCUGAUAAGGAUAAUGAGUUUGUCGUCAUCCAUAACGGCAUCAUUACCAACUACAAAGAGCUGAAGAAGUACCUGAUCAACAAAGGUUACGAGUUUGAGUCAGAGACAGACACAGAGGUGAUCCCGAAGCUGAUCAAAUAUGUUUAUGACAACAGAGAGAAUGACAGCAUCACUUUCUCCAAGCUAGUAGAGAGGGUGAUUAAACAGCUGGAGGGGGCCUUUGCUCUCGUGUUUAAAAGCCGUCAUUUCCCCGGAGAGGCCGUGGCAACCAGGAGAGGAAGUCCUAUGGUCAUCGGUGUGCGAAGUGAGCAUGAGCUGCUGACCGAGCACAUCCCCGUGCAGUACAACAGUGCUCAACACAAGGAGGAAGUCCAUGAGAAGAACAGUCGCAACCGAGCUGACAGCUCCAGCGCCAUCAACUCUGUGGGGGAUGGCAGGGCUGUGGAGUUCUAUUUUGCUUCUGACGCCAGUGCCAUCAUUGAGCACACCAACAAGGUGUUGUACAUGGAGGAUGAUGACAUAGCAGUAGUGACCGGAGGGAAACUCUCCAUCCACAGAAUGAACCGGCAGGCCGGUGAAGACCCAGUCAGAGCUAUCAUGACCCUGCAGAUGGAGCUGAAGCAGAUCAUGAAAGGAAACUUUGAUGCCUUCAUGCAGAAGGAGAUCUUUGAGCAGCCGGAGUCAGUAGUCAACACGAUGAGGGGCCGCAUUUGUUUUGACACCAAAAAAGUUGUUCUCGGAGGGUUGAAGGACCACCUGAAAGAAAUAAAGCGUUGCAGACGGCUAAUCAUGAUCGGCUGUGGCACGAGUUUCCACGCUGCGGUGGCUACCAGACAGAUCCUCGAGGAGCUGACGGAAUUGCCUGUCAUGGUGGAGCUGGCCAGCGACUUCCUGGACCGUAUCACACCUGUUUUCAGAGAUGAUGUUUGCUUCUUUAUCAGCCAGUCAGGAGAGACAGCAGACACUUUGAUGGCACUGCGCUACUGCAAAGAACGGGGAGCUCUGACAGUUGGUGUAACGAACACUGUUGGCAGCUCUAUCUGCAGAGAAACCGACUGUGGAGUCCACAUAAAUGCUGGGCCCGAGAUAGGAGUGGCUAGCACAAAGGCUUACACCAGUCAGUUUGUCUCACUCAUUAUGUUUGGCUUGAUGAUGAGUGAGGACAGACUCUCCCUACAGAAGAGAAGAGAGGAGAUCAUCAACAGCCUCAAGAUGCUACCUGAACUGAUAAAGAAGGUGUUGUCCCUGGAUGAGAAGAUCAAGGCCAUUGCCAAUGAACUGUAUCAGCAAAGGUCUCUUUUGGUUAUGGGUCGAGGUUUCAACUAUGCCACCUGCCUUGAGGGGGCACUGAAAAUUAAGGAGAUCACUUACAUGCACUCGGAGGGCAUCCUAGCUGGGGAGCUGAAGCACGGUCCUCUUGCACUCGUUGACAAACACAUGCCAGUCAUCAUGAUCAUCAUGAGGGACGCUUGCUACACAAAAUGCCAGAAUGCUCUGCAGCAAGUCACCGCCAGAUCGGGUCGGCCCAUCAUCAUCUGUUGCCAGGAUGACACUGAGUUGACUAAGAAUGCCUACCAGACCAUCGAACUGCCGCAAACUGUGGACUGCCUGCAGGGUAUCCUCAGCGUCAUCCCUUUGCAGCUUAUGUCAUUUCACUUGGCUGUCCUCCGAGGAUAUGAUGUUGACUUUCCCAGAAACUUGGCCAAGUCUGUGACAGUGGAAUAAUUACAGUUCACAAAGCCCUGGAGAGGAGAGACAGCUCUUUAGGAGAUUAACAGUGCAAUAGUGCAAUCAAACAUUAAGUGUGUGUGUGUGUGUGUGUGUGUGUGUGUGUGUGUGUGUGUGUGUGUGUGUGUGUGUGUGUGUGUGUGUGUGUGUGUGUGUUGAAUUGGGGGGAGGAGAGAGGGGUAUUGUCUAUUGUACAAUGAACUUGUAAAAGAAAAAAAAGCCAAAUGUGAAAUCAGACCAAUACACUGCUGAAGAAUGGCCGUGGUAUCACUUGAUGAGGCCUUGCAGAACAAUCUAUGAAAACGACAUUCACACAGCUGCUGUGCCUUUUUCUAGUCACGAGAUGAGCCAAAACCGUGUAAGAAGUUUAGCAUUGAAAUGGUAUACUGAAGUGUUUACAGUUGUGCAAUACGGGGACCAAAUGUGCAUUAUGAAUGUACACAAUCAUGAGGUGAUUGAUUCAGAACUUCUAUUUUAUGAGUUUCGUAUGUCCACCGGGGGCUGCAUACCUCUAGGCUGCAAUAUCAUGAAAAGUCAUAAAAUCACUGUGCCUGGUGGGCCAGUAACCCAUAACUUUGUUUUUUGUUUUUUUUUGUUUUUUGUUUUUUAAUUUCAUCUUAAUAUAAAAUAUGUCAUCUUUCUGUUCUGUUUCACAGAAUUCCAAUUUCCCCCGCCCCCCUCCCUCCAAAAAACCCCCUUCCUUACUUAUAGGGUUGAGCAUUUCGAUAAAUUAAAAAGCACUUAUGCAGCAAAAACAAAUAAUAUAUCAUAACUUUUAAUAAUAAUUGUUUUCUUUUGCUUUUUUGUUUGUGUGUUGUUUUUUGUUUCAGGCAUUUGAAUGGGUUUAUAAUGAUUCUAAUAAUAAUAUUCUGUAUUUGACUGUUUUUUUUAUUAUUAUUAUUAUGGGGAAGACUGAUAAAAUUGGAGUUGUAUCUUUAACUAUGAUUGUGUUUUAUACUGUAUCUUUAUAGACAAAUGGGAACUGCCAAUCAAUAAAUUGAAAAUUCAUUCUGUU